AUGGACAAUUUAGCCGAUGAAGAAAUUUAUAAUGAUCGCAAUCGAAUUGAACCAUUUGUUAGAGCCAUCACAAGAAAUAAACAUUUAUUUAAAGAUAAAAUUGUAUUGGAUUUGAAUGCAGGCAUGGGAUUGCUUAGUGUUUUGGCUUCGGAAUCAGGAGCAAAAUAAGUUAUUGCAAUGAAAGCAAAUAGUUAUGCUACUGAAAUUAUGAAAUUGAAUAAUAUCGAUAAUGUUAAAUUAUACACAGAGAAUAUAAGGGAAGUGGAAUUAAAUUGCAAAAUAGACAUCAUAAUUGCUGCUUGGAUGGGCAAUAUGUUAUUUUAUGGUGGAUGCAUAUAGGAUGUCAUCUAUGCAAGAGACAAAUAUCUAAAUCAAGAUGGUUUCAUCAUGCCUGACAAAGGGUAAUUAUAUCUAUAAUCGAUUGAAGAUAGUUAAUAUCGCAAAACGAAGAUGAAUUUUUGGGAUUCUGUUUAUGGGGUUAAUAUGAAAUGGAUGAAGCAAUGGAUUGCGAAAGAACCACUUCUGGAAAGCAUAAAGGAAAAUCAAUUAAAUAGUGAUGAAUAAUUGAUCUACGAGAUCAAUUUACAAACUUGUACUUUGGGAGAUCUUAGUUUUAGUAAUUAAUACUAGGUAAGGAUCAAGAGAUAAGAUUAUGCAACUGGAGUCAUUGUGUGGAUGAAAUACUCAUUCACUUAUACUCAUUUGCCAAUCCAUGUGAUUAUGGGUCCAACCAAGUCUCCAUUUUGGAAACCGGUCAUUUUGUAUUUUAGAGAAGAAUUCCCUGUGAAUAAGGGCGACAAAUUAGAAGGAUCUUUAGCUGUGAAAUUCGAAUCAGAAGAACUCUUGCAAAUUAAGUUAUCUGUACAUAUGCAACAAUAUAAUUAUGUAUCAUAUUUUAAGUUAAAUUGA